AAGCAUAUUACACUUUCUCUAUCCAUGUCGAGGGACCAGCAAGACGUUGAGGCGGCCACUGCGGCUGCUACCGAGGCCUAUACCUCCUCUGCUUUCCAGCAGCAGUUAGCAACAGGGGCUGAGACACAACAGCAUCAAGCCCAGCAGGUGGACGACAGUUCCAACGUGGUGGCUGUACCAGCUACGGGAAAACGCUCCGGCAAGCUAAAACACCAUUUCAAGGAGAUCUUCGGCACGAUUAUCGUGAAGCCAGAAGGCAGACCACCGAGCAUGUGGAAGAUUCUGAUAUCUCUAAACAACACGCAACGGCUCACGUUUACUGCUGCUUUCCUUGGUUGGUUAUGCGAUGCUUACGAUUUUUUCUGCGUCUCGUUGGCCGCUACAUAUAUCGCCGAAGACUUUGGUGUGGAAGUAUCCGCCGUUACCUCUGCUAUUACAACUACUCUUAUGCUGAGAUCGAUCGGAGCUUUGUUGUUCGGUAUGGCUGCAGAUAAGUGGGGACGACGAUGGCCUUUGAUGAUUGAUAUCGUCUUGUUCUCCAUAAUCAACAUGGCAAGCGGCUUUGCUCCAAACCUGGAGACAUUUAUUGGUUUGAGAGCUGUGUUUGGUAUUGCUAUGGGUGGUGAAUGGGGUCUAGGUGCUAGUUUGGCUUUGGAGUCUCUACCAGUUGAAGCCAGAGGAUUAUUCUCUGGUAUAUAUCAAGAAGGUUAUGCAGCUGGUUACUUGGUGGCGACGUUAGUUAACUAUGCAGUACAGAGCACUGGUUCAUCGUGGCGCAUCAUGUUCUGGGCCGGUGCAGCCUUUGCCUUGCUCGCAGUUGCUAUUCGAUUCGUUGUGCCUGAAUCCGAAACCUUUGAAAAGACUCAAGAGGCUCGUAAGCUCAUGUCUCGCUCGUUCUUUAAGGAUAUUUGGAUCAUGAUUAAGAGUCAUUACCUCCGCGUUAUCUACAUGGUCAUUCUGAUGGCCUUUUUCAAUUUCUUCUCCCAUGGUUCGCAAGAUUUGUAUCCAACCUUUUUGCUCAAACAGCUCAACUACACGACCGCGGAUCAAACAAUAACUAGCGUAGUCUACAAUAUUGGUGCCAUUGUAAAAGGUACCAUCAUCGGCUUUUACUCAAACUAUUUCGGAAGAAAGAUCUCAAUUAUGGUAUCCUGCGUGUUUGUUGGUGCUUUUAUCCCGCUCUGGAUUUACGGCGGGAAUCCUGCAUUGAUAAGACUCGGUUCAUUCAUCCUGCAGUUCUUUGUUCAGGGUGCAUGGGGUGUUGUCCCUGCACAUUUAAAUGAACUUGCACCUCCUGCAUUUAGAGGUCUCAUGCCAGGUCUGGCUUAUCAGCUCGGUAAUCUAAUCAGUGCAGCAUCAAGUCAAAUCCAGGCCACAAUCGGUGAGAAAUACCCACUUCGAAACGACGAUGGCAGUCUGCUUAUCCGAGAAGGCGAGCCUGUUCCAAAUUAUGGUUUAACCCAAGCUAUUUUUAUGGGCUGCGUCGCGGGUUGUCUCUUAAUUUGCACCAUGGUUGGCAAGGAAGAGCGCAACAAAGACUUUAUGGACAAUCUUCUUGAAGACGAGCAUGGUAAUGCUAUCGGUGCCAACGACAUUGAUGAUUAUCGUAUGGAGCACGGUGAAGCCUCUAGUGAACGUAUCAAAAAUGACAAGGCCAUUCAAGAAAAGGUGCAUGUUGAACAUGCCGAGCAAAUCCAGAGUCAGCAACAAGAAAAAUAACCUGCUUGUAUUUUUAUACUUAUUAUUGACUACCUUUUUCCUUGUAUUCACUUUUGUAUUUUUUCAGUAUAUAUCCCACAAAUCAUAAAAUGUUUUCACCUGCCACUUCACCCCACAGGUAUCAUUUAC